AUGGCUCUCCAAACCGGCGUCUUUGAGAAUGGCCAGUGGGUCACCCGCCGCGUGAACAUCCAGGACGUUUUGCAGCAGCACAGCCAGCGGGAGUCCCUCCCAGAGCAGCUUCCCUUCAAGCCCCCCAUGGACCAGCCCGUCGUCGGUCUCCUCUCCCGCACCGUCCUGCAGAGCCCCGUCGUCAACUGGAUCAUCCCCGCCCGCGUCCGCAACCGGGAGAAGAACGACGUCGUCUUCAUCGGCGAGGACUUCAUCCAGCUGAAAGAGAUCCUCCCCAAUGCCCACCUCGAGCAUGUCAGCACCAAGGCCGACUUUGGCGCCCGCAUCCGCGCCGCCAGGGUCUUUGGGGAACCCAGGAAGUUCAUCCACCCGCCCAUGAUGGAGAAGGCCCAGAUCCCCAUGGAGAUCGACUGGAGUGAGCUUGUCCCUCCGCAGAUCCUCGUCCUCACCUUGGAGUCUCAGGAGCUGCUGUUCCUGUUUGCGCGCCCGAAGAGGGACGGCUCAGUCGAAUGGAAGGAGAGCUGCAUACCACUCUCCCCUGAUGCUUCUCUUCUCGAACAGCCGGGCAGACAUCUGGCAGUAGACCCUCGUUCCCGGGCUCUUGCCGUGGGCGCGGCCGAGAGCUCCAUUUUCAUUUAUGCCGCCAAGACCAUGCCAGAGCUUCGCAGCAACAUUUCUCAUGAUACUCAAAACUGGACGCCGCUCAAGUCGGAGCGACCGGUGGCCAUCCCGGGCACCAUUUUGAAGAUGGAAUUCCUCUACCCCGAACCAGACGAUGAGCAUCACGUAAUACUUUUGGUCAUCUACUCCAGAGAUGGCAAAACCCGCAUGUCUUGCUAUGAGUGGGACAACAGAUAUGGCUUGUCGCACAUCCGUCCGGUAGUCGAAGGGUUUCCACUUUCUUACAACCAACGCAAUCCCCAACUCCUCAUUCCACUGCAACAUGGCCCCUCGUUCAUACUUGCGGGCCAUGUCGAGAUCUACAUCCACCAGGAGAUCAUGACCGGCAACCCCAAAAGAAGUUCUGUGAGUCUGUCCAAAGAAGAGGGCCCAAGGCAUCCCGGCAAUUCACGGCGCUUUCCCACGUGGACUAGCUGGGCGAGGACGGGCCGCAAUUGGAUCUGGAACAAUAAGCAAGAAGAAAACUUCUACCUUGUGCGUGAAGACGGUGUAGUGCACUACAUGCAAGUCAAUUCCCGCAGUGGUGCUUUGACAAGCAAAGCCGGCCACUUCAUGUGCAACGUCGCGUCAGCAUUUGCAAGCCUGGAUGUGGGCUAUUACCUCGACACUCCCGAUGUCCUGGUGACGGCCGGCGACAUGUCCCCCGGCGAGAUCGUCAAGAUCGGCCAGUGGCGGGAUGAGAUCCAGUUCAACGACCGCAAGGGCUCCCAAAGGACACGCGCCCAAAUAAUGGAGCCUGACUUCAUCAACUCGAUCCAGAACUGGUCGCCAACGCUUGAUUUGAUCCUUGCAGAUGCAGCCCAUUCCAGCAAUCCGGUCGGCCGCGUGAGGCGACGGAUUCUUGCAACGUCCGGCAGGAGCCCGUACGGCGCAAUCACGGAGAUUCGAGCUGGCCUCAACGCCAAAUUGGGCCUUACUUUCGAUGAAAACGACCUCGCCGGAGUCACCGGCGUUUGGACGUUCCCGGACUCGUCGGCAAACGGCGUGUAUUUUUUGUUGUCGUUCCCUUCAUCCAGCCUCCUGCUUCACAUCGCCGGCGAUGCCUCGGGCGUGGAGACUGACUUCGACGAGGAGAACACUGGUGUUGAUUUUGAGAAUGAGACCCUGGUCUCAGGCCUGUUGGGCCAAGGUCUUGCAGUUCAGAUCACGCCCAGGGGUUUCAUAGCCCUGGAUAUAUUCGCCAUGGGAAAGACACUGCCGAGGAAGGGCUCUUGGAAGUUACCUCCAGAGGAGGUACUUCUUGCAGGGGCUGUCUGCUCUAAGCUGUCAACCGCAUAUGCCGGAAUCCGUUCGCAGCAUGGACUGUCUCUCCAGGCGAAGAGUAUAGAACCACGGGGAGAAGAUGUAAAAUUCGAGUCUACGUCGUCGGUUUCUUUGAGCGCAGAUCCCACGUGCGUCGAGGUGCUGGAGUAUAAUCGAGCAAACAUGCUUCUUGUGGCCACAACUGAUGGCCUGGUCCGACUGUACAAGAUCCAAGGAGACGGAAGUGUUGGGCGGCUGUUAGAGCAACAUCAGAUCUGGCAAGAUGCUUCCACACAAGAAACGUUGAAUGCUUGUCAGAGUGCAGUGCUUCUGCACGACAAUCCGCCGAAUGCCUCGGAAACGGACAUUGCGAUAGUGUGCGGUCUCCGAAGCGGUGAUUUGUACGUCAUUGAACUCUCCCGCACAGGGCUCAAGCAUGCCCUCGAUGGAACAGCAGCAGCGCCUGAGACCGAUGCCGGCGCCAUCUCUUCGACAAAAAGGAUAACCCUUGGCCAAACACCAGUCGCCGUCGUCAAAGAUACCGAAGGAGGAGCCAGCCUUGCCUUUGCCACUUGCGGCGCCGAGUUUUACCGUCUGGACUACAGCACGGGCCGUCACAUUGGCCUGCAAGUCACCAACAUUUGGUUCACGGAUCGGAAUCGCCCUAGCCUACGUCAGAGCCCCGUCUCGUCGAUCUGCAGAAUACCACGCGAGGAUUACCUGAUACGGGACCUCGGCGGAGCGUUGGUCUGCAUUUCAGGCACAUCGUUUUUCGUUGCACAGCUGGAAGAAGAAAGACACAUCGUUCCUCGGAGCAUCCCUGUGCGGGGAACCCCGAAUAGGGUCAUAUACUCGGAAGAGCUCAAGGCGGUCUUCGUAGCUUGCCUGGAAUCCCACACGUUUGACCCCGCUACGCGAGAUGGCCGUCAACGUCGGUACGCGCAGAGCUAUGUCCGAAUGCACGAUGAUCGGCCUGGAUCUCCAAGCACCGAUGUCAUCGCCGAGUACGCACUGAAUCCGACUGCCAGAGUCAAUGCCCUCACGACGUGGACUCUUGAGAGCAAUGGCAGGAAAUAUGUCCACGUCGUGGUGGGUAGUGUGGAGGGGGAUGGCAGGAAGGGGAGCGUUGUUUGCAUUCAAAAGACCACAAAAGAUGGCAAGACAAAGUUGGAGAAGACGAAGGACAUGAAACUCAAGCAGCAAGUCACGGCGCUAGCGAGCUACGGGGAGUCGAACUUCCUUGUGGUGUGCUAUGGAAAGAAAAUGCUCGUCUAUCAGUACAACGAGGAGACAAAGAGGAUCCAAACGGCGGGAGAGCAUGAUCUCCCAUCUGCUGGUCUCUAUGUCACCACGGAAGCGCCGUUCAUCUACGUCUCGACAGCCUGCGAUUCUCUCAUCAUUCUGAAGGUUGAGCAUGACCUGCAAGACCGGACUGCUAACUCGAUGAAGUUCGAGCUCCUCUUCUCAGACCGCCAGGCGCGCGAUACAUCAUUCCACCUACCGCUAGAUGUUCCUCACAUCUCAAAGAAGCGGACUACCGAUGCGCCAGAUGAUGCCACCGAGGGAGCUUCCUCUGUUGGUUUGGGCGGCGCACACAGGAACAGCUUUUCAAAACCAAGUCCACCAUCCGCUCCGUCCUCCAAUCUGGUUUUAGUGGCUGACAAAGCUGGCUCACUAACACUUCUCCACCUCCCGCGGCGGCGAACACAGCAAACCGCUGCACCAACUCUGCUGGAGGCUUCUCUGCCACGCAGCGUCACGCGUCUCCGGCGCGGCCUGAUCAGGCCAACACUGCAGUACCACCGCAAUCAAACGCAAGGCUCCAGCGCGCCGGGCGGCGUGCUCGUCAACGACAUCAUCGGCGCGGCGUCGGACGGCACGCUGUUCGGCAUCUCGCUCGUGGACGAAAGGGCGUGGCGGCUGCUGCGGCUGCUGCAGAACCUCUGCAGCGUGCUGGAUCGAGAGAAGCGGGCGGAGCGGCCAGGUGGGAUGCUCGUCCCGCUCGUCAACCUGGGCAUGUCUCACCGUCUGAUCGCAGGGCCAGUGAGGCUUCUCGACGAGGCGGACGUCGUCGCCUUCGAGUCGGCAGCAGCAGCGUCGACCACCACAACACCGCAAGCGGAAGGCAUGGACAUCGACGGCGCGACGGACUACGGCGACUUCGACGACGGCGCGGACGCGGACGCGGCCAUGGACCUCGACCACCAGUCGUCGGCAUCGCCGCCGGCCAACUCGUCGUCCUCGUCGUCGUCGUCGUUCGCGUCGCCGCGCCCGACGAUCCCUGGGCUUGUGAGCAGUCAACAACGUGCUUCCAACGGCGGCAGGACCACGCUGCAUGCGCAGGGCUCGCGGCUGCACACGCAGAAUCGCAGCGCGGAAGCCCUGUUGCGCGCGCUGGAUCCGGACAAGGACACUGCUGGGCUCAAGCGGCGGACGGCUUACCAUGUUGAGGGAGAUGCGCUGAUGCGCUUCAUGGGCAGGGAGGGCGAGGGUCUGUUACUCGCCAUGUUGGAGGUGGUUUGCGGCGGCGGGCCGGGCGGGCCGGGAGAGGAGAUCAGGUGGAAGUUUGUGAAGUGUGCGCGAGACGUGGUGCGGGAGGAAGGCGCCGGCGAGAGCAUGGACGUCGAAGGGGGGCAGGUUGGUGGCGACGAGCUUGAGGUGGUGGUGCGUAAGGUGGUGAUGUGGCUGAGGGGGGUGUUGGCACCGGUUCUGUGA